AUGGAUGGGGUCAGUGCAGCUGCAGCAAUCCUGCAGCUGGCCCAGAUGGCUGGGCAAACCGCACUCGAGGUCUACAAUUUCUGCUCUGCCAUCCGAGAUGCUCCUCGAGAAAUCACAGCCAUCAGUAAUGAUGUCAAUGCGUUAAAACCGCUGAUUCUCAAUUUAGAGGGGGCUUUAGGCAGCGAGGCAGUGCGGAAUGUUGUAGAGGAGGACCCUGAGGUUAGCAACGCACUGUGGACGCUCGCGGCCCCCAUAAAAAACUGUCAGUCUGCUCUCAGACUCGUCAAGGAUAAGACAAGUCCAUAUCUUAAGAAGGUUGGCUCAGCACAGAGCCCAGAUUCAGUGGGAAAAAGUGAUGAUCCUCAAAUUCAACGGCCGCGAUUUAGCCGCACGUAUGUUCUAUGGCAUUUCAAACGAAAGGAAAUUUUUGGCUUGCUGGCUGAACUCGAGAGAGCAAAGUCGACCUUUAGUGAUGCUAUGGGUAGUAUAACACUCCUCCUCACAUUGAAACUGCACCCCCAAGCAAACGGCACGAGGGUGCUUCAAGAAGGCUACGAAUUCAACGCUGAUCUUGGUUCUGUGCUGAAUGAUUACGCUGUCUCGGUUGUCGGCUUGAGGCUGGAUGACAACCAGUCGCAAACCUCUGAAACCACGACGACAGCGACAGCAACCCCUGCACGCUCUGACCAUGACGCAGCCCAGGAGUUAAAAACCGUUGUGUCAAGCGGCUCUACCUUUCUUCUCAAAGCCGCUCUCCAGUAUAUCCAGGUAGAUUCAAGGGACCAAAAAGGCCGCACGGCACUCUCAUACGCGGCCGAGUGGGGCAAAUACGAUGUUGCAAAGGUGCUGCUUGACGAGGGAGCUAGCGUAUCAGCAAAGGGCUGGAGCCUGAGUGGCCGUAGUGAUGGCCAUGAUCCUUUCUUUUAUAGCGGAGCAACUCCUCUCUGGUGGGCCGCAAAUAGAAGGCGUACAGAUGUUGCCGAUCUGCUGUUACGACACGGUGCAAAUCCAAAUUCGAGGACAACAUCUGGGCGUACGGCGUUCCAAGAGUCAUGCUGGUGGGGCGAUGUGGACACGGCCAGGUUAUUACUGUCCAAGAAGGCAGAUAUCAAUGCACAAAACUGUCAUGGCUGGGCACCAAUACACGAAGCCGUUACUAAUGAGCAAAUGGGAACUCUGGAGCUCCUCGUGAGCCACGGGGCUCUCCUUGAUAUCGCCACCAUGCAACCGGAGUCAAAAACAGCUCUUCACUUUGCGGUGGAGAGACAGAGGAUCGACAUGGUAGAGCUACUUCUGAAAAGUGGCGCGAAUCCACAGUCCCUGAUGAUUGAGGAUGUCACACCACUACAUUUGGCCGCUGCCGGAGGGUGGAUCUUGGGAAUUGAGAUGCUGGCCAAAUCCUGGGGCGUCCCGCUGGAUCCUAGAGAUACUCUGCUUCUUGAAACACCUCUUCAUAAGGCGGCUAGAAACCGCCAUGUCGAGGCCAUAGAUAGACUAUCCGCAUUAGGCGCCAAUAGAAAGGCGAGAAAUGUGGAUGGACAAACAUGUGAGGAACUCCUCGCAUGCUCUCUGGCUAAUCCAGGCCAGUGGGACGUCCCUACCCAUUUGGCAACUUGGAUGGAAUCCGGUUAUGGGUAG